GCUCCGUGGGCAGUUGUUCUGUGCUGGCGCGCCGGGCCGGGCCCGGCCCAGUGGAGCCCAGGGCGCACCGAGGUGCCGCCGUCCCGGCUCACCUUCGCGGCCGCGGGGCUUUGUUAGCGCGGGUCUCUGCGAGAGCGCCCCGGGCGGGGCCGGGCCGGCGCCAGCAGCGGGAGGGCGGCUUCGGGCCGGGGCGCGGCGAAGCCCGGGCCGGUCCCCCCGCAGGGUCGCCCCGCUGGUGCGGAUGGGCGGCGUUGAUGUCCUCUCUUUCCCCAAGCAGGAAAUGGCAGCGCUGGGCAGGUCCUGCCAGGGCGUCCCCGCAGGCCCUGCCGUGGAGUUUCCGCAGGCGCCUGCCGCGGCCCCCGACCGCCACGGCCCGCAGCCCGCCGUCGGCGGCCACGACCGCCUACAGCCCCCCGCGAUGAUGAUGAUGAUGGCCGGGAACGGAAGCGACGGUACCGAUGGCGGGCAUUCCUCCGGCCUGUACCUCACAAGCGGCUUCGACGUGGCCUCGCUCGCCGCGCUGGGCAGUUACAACGAGGGCUCGCCGGUGGUCCCGGUGGGCUCCUUCACGAGCGCCGCGCACCCGCAGCAGGGCCUCGGCCAUGGCUCUGUUCGCUGUGGAAAGAAGCAUAAGCUAGAAGAAGAGACUGAAGGUUGUCCUGUGCGGAAGAAGAGACUGACAGGAGCCAAAAAUUGCCCUUUGAAUCCCAGCACUGAAGAAUGGAUUCUCUGUGCAGGUCAGCAGGCAGCUGGGGAGGUAGCAAGUCAGUAUGAUGGCAGCGGUCCUGAAACUGCCAUGUUAGAAAUUCCCUGUGAAGAAAUGGAUCAGACAAUGGGGGAACAGCAAUGCGAGGUUGCUCGCAGGAAGCUUCAGGAAAUUGAGGACAGGAUAAUUGAUGAAGAUGAGGAAGUUCAUGCUGAUGGAAAUGUUAGCAAUCUGCCCACUCUUAUCCUGUCAGAUACCCUUAAAAAAGGGAUGAAGAGGGAUUUUGAUGAAGUCCUGACAAAGAAAAUAAUAGAAUCUAUGAGCCGUCCUUCUAUGGAGCUGGUGCUUUGGAAACCUCUUCCUGAAUUUCUCUCAGAUAAACUGAAGUCUGUUUCUGUUAAGAACUUCAAGCAGCAGCGUGUAGAAGGGUGUCAAGCUAAGCAGUCAACACCAAGAGCUGCUUUUGACCCACAGACUGAAACAUUCCCUGAAUCACAACAGACUGCCAUGUCUCCAGAUCCAUAUGCUACUUUGGGAAUCUCUGGGUGUGCAGAAGAAGAAAUGGAGUUGUAGAUACCAGACUGAAGAGUGAGAAUGCUUUCAAGUCCAGAUUGCAAUAGUAAAGUUCGACUGCGUGAACGUGAAAGGCUGUAGGAGACAUCUUGAAUUCAAACUGAUGUUUCUGGAGAUAUUUUGGCAUGCUUCACGCAUACGUGGUGUGUCUCCUGAAAGGGCAAAGGAACUCGCCUGGCUUUUUGAGUCUAGGAGGUCACCUACUGGUUGCUCUGCCUCAGUGCAUCCCACACCUCCAGUGCAGCGUCAGGAACGGCCUGAGGAGGGCUGGAGAUGCGUCUCAAGUAUCGAAAUUGAAGCUCUUGUUGCUGCUUCACAAAUGGGACCCUACCGUGCACUCAAAUACGUUUAAGUAAUGCUCUCAAUCAGUCCUAAGCCUGUGUUUGAGCUGUGCAAACACGUCUCUAGAGGCUUGGAAUAACAAUUUUACAUGGUGAUAAAAAAGGGCAGGCACAGACGUGGCACUGAAUUACUAGGACAGCUCUAGUUUCUGUUGCUUGUUAGGAGGUAUGACGGUAUAUUUGAUUAUGAAAUACACUGUAGGAAUAUUGGCCUCUGGAGGGCACAGCGUUAAAACAUGUAGGGAAUGUGGAUAGUAGUCAAGACAUACCCGUUACCAGCAUCAUCUGGAAAGGCAGGUGUGGUAGUGCGAGUGAGAAACAGCUCUCCUUAUCCUUCCUAUGGACUCUUGGUCUGCUAUGAGGACUUCUCACAUACAGUUUUCUGUGAAAAGAAGGAUCUUGAGUCUGAUUUAAGAAAUGCUUAAUGAAAAUAUCUGCUCAUCAAAACCCCAUUCUUGUACAGAACUCUCUGGUGUCAGGUUGCUUGUGAUACACAUUUAAAACUAGCAUAGAUGUCACCACACUGCACCAUACAAUGAAGGUAUGUCCUGAAUCCUGCUAUGGCAUUCUUUAAUCUACACAAGUGGACCUCUGACCACCCACUUCUUAAACUCCAGUGUCAUAACCAGCCAGAAUUCCAAGGUGAAUGCUAAAUAAGUAUCUGCAAUGUAGGAGGAAGACGUUGAGACACGUAGUUUACAAUUAUAUGAUGGGACUCUUUUUCCUUCGCAGUUUGGUUGAAGCAAAAGGCAGAUACUUCUUCCUUUAGGUGGAACAGAUAUAAAUAGAACUGUAUUUCAACAUAAAUUUGCUUCAAAGGAAAUGACUAGCCUCCAUUCUCUAUUAAAACAAAUAUUUAUAACACAAACUAGAAUGAAGAGUACUUAGAAUACUUUGACUAAUUUUUAAACAGGAGUUGUCAACAAAUCCACUGGUACUCUCCAGACUUUCUUAUUUUGGUGAUGUUUAAAAUGUAAUGGUUUAUCCUGAUUUGUCCAUUGGUAUGUUUCUUCUUGGUUAGACAGUGAUGUUUUUCUCAGUUUCUCUUGUCUCAACUGAGCUUUGAGAGUCUUAAGCAUAGGCAGACAAAUUAAUCACUAUUAUGAUUGAGCUGGCAUGUGAAUUUAUAAGCUAGAAGUGUUUGAGGUAACUGUGUGUGUUUCCAUCCUCCGUUUAAUGUGAAGUAAUCUCAUACCCACUGUUUUUUCAUGACAACUUGCUUAUGUGCCCACAGAAGUACAUCUCUCCUGUAUCAUCCUAGCAUUGCCACGGAAACUAAUAACGUGCCCCUGCUUUCGGGAAGUGCAUUCAACACUGUAAGAUUAACUGUCUUUUCAAUUGAGAUAAGUAGGCUGCCUUUGCAAGUUGUUUACUUUGUCAUAGUUAAAGCAGCAGCCUGGAACCCUGAUUAUUGUCUAACUUAACCUGAAGAUGUAUCCACUUAUAUCCUUUUUAUGUUCAUUA